AUGCGAUAUUGUGCGGCCGAGCGAUAUCAACGUAGCCCCGUGGACUGUGCGUGCCCUCCUCUUUUCCUAACGCGUUUAUGUCUGAUAGCAGUGAUAGACGAGGAGUUCUACGUCGAUUUCAAUGCGCUCAAAGACCGCAAGCCCGGUCUCAAGACGUUUAUCUCUGUCGGUGGCUGGGAUGCGGGUGGGAAGGUCUUUUCGGAUAUGGCUCGCUUCCCCGGUACGAGAAGUGCAUUUAUAUCUUCGUCAAUUGCCCUAAUAGAGAAGUACGGAUUUGAUAGUAUUGACAUCGACUGGGAGUAUCCCGCCGCCGAGGACCGAGAUAUUCCCCACCACUACCCACCCCCUUCAGAUACAUAUCUAUAG